AUGUCUCCUCCCACGAAAUACGCUGUCGCAUUAUUCCCCGGGUUUCAAGCACUAGACGUGUUUGGACCACUCGAUGUCUUGAACUUCACAUCCAAACUGCAACCUAUGGAACUGUCGCUUCUUCACACUUCGCUUGAUCCUGUGUCAACAUUUGUGGAGGGCGGGCCUGCUUGCAUCGGACAGAGCGUUGUACCCACGCACACGUACGAGACAGCACCAGACGACAUAGAGAUCCUGCUUGUUCCAGGAGGCUUUGGUGCCAGGAAUCCAGACAAUGUAAAGAGAGUUCGGGAGUUUGUCAAGGAGAGAUAUCCCAAGCUCAAGUACCUCUUGACAGUCUGCACAGGAAGUGCGAUUGUGGCGCAGACAGGGAUUUUGGACGGCAGAGAAGCCACCAGUAACAAGAGAUCCUUUGAUUGGGUAUUGACUCAGGGGCCUAAUGUGAAAUGGGCGCGAAAUGCCAGGUGGGUGGUUGACGGCAACAUCUGGACAUCUUCUGGCAUCUCAGCCGGCAUUGACAUGACCUAUGCAUUCAUCGCUGAACAAUAUGGACAAGAGAUCGCAGAUGACACGGCCAAGGGGUCUGAAUAUGUACGAAACACUGAUCCUAAUGCUGAUCCGUUUGCGGUUUAA